AUGAGAAAAGUGUUGAAGGAAAUCCAUGAAAAUCAAGCAUUAUCACCUGUUGCUUCAACCUCCAAUUAUGCUUCUGUCAUAGACAAUUAUAACUUGGAAAAUUUACUAAAAUCAUACAAGCCCUUAGCAAAACAAUUGGCUUCCAGUUUUUAUGCAUUUUAUAUCUAUUUGGCUCUAAGUGGUAAAUUAACAUUUAAGGAUAGUGAGGAACAAAAGAUUGAUUUCUUUUUCAAAAUGAAAUAUAUGAAGCCAAUAGACUUUUUCAUUUCAAAAUCAUUUUAUUUUAUGAUCAAAAAUAUACACAAAGAAAAGCUAAAAUACAAAGAAUUUGUAAUAUCAUGUGCCAAGGAAAAGAAAUUAUUUGCAUUUUUUGAAAAUGAUAAUUGUCUUUCUGAAAAAAUUAGCUCUGGAUAUGAUUCUGAAAGCAGUUAUGAUUAUGAAAGUGAUAAUUCUUAUGAUGAAAGGUCUGAUCUUAUUCAAGUCAAAGAAAAAACAAAAACUGUCAGUAAGAUGAUUGAUAAAACAACAUUAAAGUUUACAGAUAUUUUAUCAUAUGGCACUCUGUUUGAGAAUUCACUCCAAAAGAAUCAUUCUAAAAUUUAUCAACAUUUAGUUAAAGAAAGGCUUGUAGAAGAUUUAAAACCAAUUGGCAUACAAACAAAAAUUGAACUUAAUGAUUUUCAACAACAGUUCAUUUAUAAUUGUGUUGUUUUUGGAGAUAUUUUGAUACCAGAUCAAUGCUAUGAUGGAACAUUGAGUCAAUCAACCAAGUUUAGAAAUGACCAAGAUAAUGAAAUAUCUUAUGGACCAUUUUCUCCAGACAACAAACAUACUGAAGAAGAUUUAUUCCGACUUUGUAAAUUUGCAAAUGAUGCAUGGAAGCAUGUGUUUUAUUUUGUUGAAAAAUUUGAAGAUAACAAAGAAAUACUUGAACUAUUAAAUCAGUUAGAAAUAAUUUUAUUGCACUUUCAUGGGACAACACUUGAUGUAUAUUUAGGAAAUUAA